AUGGGGGCAUUGAACCACUCUGUAAAGUCGACUCCAGCACAUCCUCAAGACUUUCAACAGGUGGGACUUACUCUGGCACUCAUUCUAACACUCACUCUAAAACCCACUGUAACACCGACCUUAAAACCCACUGUACCAUCAUCUGAUAAGUGCUAUAAUAAAGCAGCAGUGGCAGCGGAUGCCGGGACUUGCUCUGAGAUCGGGAGGGACAUGCUGAAGCGUGACGGUUCAGUAGUUGAUGCUGCUAUUGCCACUCUGCUGUGUCUGAGUCUGGUUAAUGCUCACAGUAUGGGCAUCGGAGGAGGGGUGGGUUUCACCAUAUACAAUGCAUCAACAGGAACGGUGGAGACGAUUAAUGCCAGAGAAACUGCUCCAAAGAAUGCAUCAGAGAACAUGUUUGGCGAUGGCACAGAGAAAAAUCCAGCGGGACUGUUUAUAGCUGUACCAGGAGAACUGUAUGGUUAUGAACUGGCACACAAUAGAAGCGGGAGACUGCCAUGGAAGGAGCUGUUUGAGCCCAGCAUAAAGCUGGCACGCAAGGGAUUUAAGAUUGGAAAUGCCUUAGCCAAAGCCAUUAAAGAGAAGGAGAAAGCAAUUCUGAAUAAUGCAGCAUUGUGUGAAGUGUUUUGCAAAUCAAACACCAUCAUCUUGAAGGAAAAUUGGUCCAGACGCUACAAAAAUGAUGACAUAAAAUUUCUCAAACUAGCUGACACCUAUGAGAAGAUAGCAGAACAAAGAGCAAAUGCCUUUUACAAUGGAUCAUUGGCUCAGAGUAUAGUGGAUGACAUCAAGGCUGAAGGAGGGAUUAUAACACGUGAGGACCUAACGUGUUAUAAGUCAAUGCUGAAUGAGUCUGCAUUAAACUUCAUUGUGGGGAAUUACAUAUUUUUUGCUCCUGAUGCUCCAUUCGGUGGACCUGUGCUCACUCUGAUUCUCAACAUACUCAAAGGUUACAACUUGUCAAGCAGCAGUGUGUCCAAUAUAAGGAAUAAGACUUUGACCUAUCAUCGUAUAAUAGAGGCAUUUCACUUUGCUGAUGCCCAAAAGCGUAAACUGGGAGACCCACUUCAUGAAAACAUCACUGAGAUGUCAGAGGAGCCGCUGAAUGAGCUGGACCUCAAGAAAUACAACACAUCAGAUGAGGGGAGAAGAAGACUGAUACCAGCUGUGAGCAACUGCAGAAAAGCUAUGUGA